AUGAGAGAGUGUGGAACCAAAAAAACACUGCUGCUUGUGAAGUUAGCCUCCUUCUUGCAUCACGUACGACUUCAGGAGUUCAGGUUUCAUAAUAUGAAACAGACUCAUUCCCAUCCUAGCAGAGCUCGAGUAGUUCGAUGGUGUGCACCUGCAGCUGGUUUUUUGAAGAUCAAUGUAGAUGGAUCGUUUAACCACAUUACCAGGAAGGGGGGCCUUGGUUUUGUGGUUCGUAAUGAAUUGGGUCAUAUGUUGGCUGGGGGGGCAUGUCCUCUUAGUGGUCUUAUAUCACCGGAACAUGCAGAAAUACUUGCUUGCAAGAGAGCUGUGGAGUUUGCAGCCGAUCAUGCUCUAAUACCGGCUGUUUUGGAGACUGAUGCGUCGGAAGUGAAGCGGCAACUCACACAACACAUUUCUUCAAAUACAUCGGUGUUGGGAAGAAUCUAUGAUGAUGUGGGCAACUUUUUGGAAACGUUGAUGGGUAUCAGUGUGUCCUAUGUUGGCAGGAAAGGCAAUCUAGUUGCGCAUACGUUAGCAGCACAUGCCUGCACUCUUAGGCAGGAUUCUUUCUAUUUUUCUACUCCCGCUUUUCUUCAAUCUGCUAUAGCAGCAGAGUUUUGUAAUGUUUGA